UUGCUCUCGCCCGGGAAGAAGCGUAGCGCCAAAAACGCGUGCCAAAGUGCAGCAACGCGUCGGACGCGCUGCCUUCGUGAUUGCAUGGUUGCGCGAGGCGAUCGCGAUUCGUGAUUUGGGUGAGAGCGCAGCAGCAGCGGCAUCAAGGACGCGAGCGUACUUGCGAGGCUAUGAGGAACUCGACCGUGCCGCUCGUAUCAACCAAGCUCCUUGCGAUCACCUCAGCAUUCGCACCGCGUCUCAACGCACGUUCAUCACUGCUUGCUUCGCAAGACAGACAUCCGACUCCCUUGGCGGGCGCUUGCCAACCGCUGCAGAGAGAGCCGCUCAGUGCGCCGCACUGCAACGAUGGAAAGUUUUCUGAUGGCGGCGCCAUUGCCCUUGACCUCGGCAUCCAGCGCAAGCGCACUUGGCACGAUGAGUUCGGCCAAGGAUAUGACUGCGACAGAUGGGCACGAUGCAGCGAUGAUGGAUGCGCCAUCCGCCACGAAGCGGAAAGCAGAUGCGGGGUUCGAGCACCUCGACGCCGAAUCUGAACUCCACACGCCGCCUCGUAAAGGGCCAUCGGCAAAGAAGGCCAAGCCAACUGGUGCUCAUCCAGAUGGCGCUGCUCAUCCACCGCAGGCACGCCCAGGUGAUGCUCGCGUCGACGUCUUCGGUACCAAUGCCACAGCUGGGCCUUCCAAAUUGCCUGCCAUGGGCACACGGAGGGGCGCCGGCAACAAGGGCAAGAGUCAGCAGCUGGUCACGCUCAAGGGGAACAAGCUCAUCAUCAAGCAAAAGACCUUGGACGCAAAGGACCAGAUGUCAACAUUGCAGGGCCGCAUCAACCUCAAUGCGUACGUGCAGAGCUGCACCGGGCCAGUCGAGCAACUCCCCGAUGAGCAUCUGCCAGUCAUCGCAAAGCUAGCUCAAGAGUCCGACAAGACUUUGGUAGAUCUAGUGCGAUCUAUAGUCAAGAUCAUUCUUCCCUCGAGCGACGACGUCACCAGCGCACUAUCGGGUUGUGCAAAGAGUCUGCCCACGCUCACGUCUGAGGCGGUGCACAAGGCGAUCCUCAGCGUCGCUGAUAGAGUCAACUAUGGAGUAGAGAGCGAUCCUCUGGGGAGGGACUCGGUCCCGCCAGGCAUGCAAAUGUGGCGGUGGGAAGUUCGGGACGAUGCCAUGCUGCCGAGCGAGAUUCGAGAAAAGCUGCUCGCCAGGCGAGAAGAACGCGUCGCAUCCAUUAAACCCGACAUUGAGCGGAUCAUGGAAGCGAUGCCUGAGGAAGAGCGGCUUACCCUCUUGAAGGCGACCAGAAGACCUCUGCCUAGCAAAGCCGCACAAGCUGACCAGUCAAGUGCGGCGCCAGAGCCCCAAAAGGAGAUCCCAAUCGUCUCUUCGGCGCUUGAAUCGUCGGCUUCCAAGACGCCCUUACUAAAAAGUGGCGUUGGCAGGGACGCUUCUACCGCAAUAGAGAUUGACGAGGAAGGCGAUGAGGAGCAGGAUUCCGGCAUUGGUAGCGCAUCCUCAAAUGGUUCGCCUGUGAAGAAGCAAAAGACGAACGCAGGCAAAGCGGCUCCGGAGCAAAAAAAGGUGAAGGUGUUGGACCCAGAAGCGCUGGCGAAGCAGGCCGAGCGAGAGGAAAAGAAGCGCGAGCGCGAGCUGAAGCGAAAAGAGAUGGAAGAGAAAAGGGCGGCCAGGGAGGCGCUAUUGGCCAAGAAAGAGCACAUGAAGCAAAAGGCCGCUUCUUUCAUGUCUGGCUUUCUGGCUCGUGGAAGGUCGCCUUCGCCUAUUAAGCAUUCACGGCAGCCCGAGAUCAAGGAUCAAACCGAUUAUGAGCGCACAUUCUUGCCUUGCGAAUACAAGGACAUAGCUCCCGUCAAUCGAUUCCACAAGGCGGCGAGUCUUGACCUGCUUGACAACAUUGGCACUGGACAGCCCACCUGUGGGGAGCUCUUGGCCCAAUGUGUGCGCGGCUCGGCGAGCGAUAGUCGCUCAAGCAUGCCGGUUCGACGUCGGCGCAGAGGCAUUCACCCACGCGCCAAUGUCCGCGAGACGUUUCGCCUCGUGAACGAAGCCGGCCUUGUCGGAAGCGCUUCGGAAGAGGACGCGCGUACCAGUCUGAAGAGAUUGUCGAACCGCAGGAAUGUCCCUAUCAAAUUCUUGCAGUUUGAGAGCGACAGACGACCAGCUUGGUUCGGCACGUGGACUCGCAGCUCUAACCUAGUCGGCGCACGCAACCCCUUCGGACAGGAUCCUGUUGCGCUAGAUUACACGUAUGAUAGCGACGCCGAGUGGGAAGAUGUUGGAGCGAUAGAGGGCGAGGAAGUGGACAAUGACAAAGAGGACGACGCAGGAAGUGGGUCUGACGGCGAUUCGGAAAUGGACGAUUGGCUUGUGGAUGAUCUCGAGGAGGAAGAUGAGCCCGAAGGCGAGGAUGGACACUCUGACAUCGUCGAGACGGACAAAGACGGAAAUGCACUCUCUGCAUCGCACAAAAUGGAAUCUGCACUCGGAACCCCGCCGCUCUCGACGCGCCCUGCCACUGCUAUCAACCAGUUGCAAGUCAAGAAGAAGCGAGUCAAGCCAAUUGGCCGCAGAUUCACUUCCAAGCUUGUGCCAAUCUCCAUGGGGCCGCACUGGGAAUCGACCCUUGGCGAAUCUUCGCAUGAUGCAUUCAAGCCGUACCAAAUGGAGUUCCUGAAUGGCGCGUACCCAGGUCUCAAUCCUUUCACGUAUGUGCAGGCGACAGCAGAGCCUGAACAAAGCAAAGUCGAGUCAGCUGCUGUCACCGCAUCUUCGCCAUCCAAGGCUGUAGCCAUGCAGACACAGGCAUCGCUCGGCGUCUUGCAAAGAGCACUCAAUUCAGCAGCGGUCACCGAGCCAAUCAAUAGCAGCUUGACGCCCAACGCCUUCGGCGUCCUGACAACUCCAGCUCCAGCAGCAAAGGUAGUCAAAAGCGCAUUUCCGAGCGAGAGCAUUCCCGCUCUGCUCAGGGCCGUCGAGGGACGCACGCAGACGAAGAUUCUCCUGAUCGAAUCUCUGCGUGGAGAAUUUGCUGGUGUAGCUCGAAACGCCAUCGAAGCUGCUGUUGACCAGUACACGGAGAGAGAGGGCAAGAAGGCCACUAGCAAAUGGAUCGUCAAGGCCAACUUCAAACACUUGGUCGCUUAGGGGGCCAUUUGCGCACGUCUCAUCCACUUAGCACGAUUUUCUUGAAGCAGAUAUCGAGUUUCGAAUCGAUGCAACAGGUGACGCGACACUGGAGACGUGCUGUCGCAUCCAUACCUCCCAGGCUUCUCUCUCACUUUUGCAAUAUCAUUUCCCAUUUCAACCGUGAC